GCCCGUGCUAUUCGGGAACGGAUUGGCUAUUCUGACGACAUCAGGGAUGACGCAUAUCUUAACAAUGAAUACAAAGAUCUGAGCUACAGUACAGAGGAGUACUUUGAAAACAUCCUGCAGAACCUGGAGUAUGCACAGAAGAAACGCCUGCGGAAACUCAGAGUCAAAGUCAACAAAGAUGAGUGGGUAACUGGAGCUGCUGUUGUCAACGCCUUCUACUCAUCCAGCAAAAACCAAAUAGUUUUCCCUGCAGGAAUCCUCCAGCCACCUUUCUUCAGCAAAGGCCAGGCUAAAUCUCUCAACUAUGGUGGCAUCGGCAUGGUGAUUGGUCACGAGAUCACUCAUGGCUUUGAUGACAAUGGCCGUAAUUAUGAUAAGGAUGGUGACCUGAAGGACUGGUGGACACCUGACUCCACUCAGAAGUUCCUAGACCUGUCGAAGUGCAUUGUCAAUCAGUAUGGCAACUUCUCCUGGGACCUGGCCAAUGGACUUCAUUUAAAUGGUAACAACACCCUUGGGGAGAACAUCGCUGACAAUGGAGGGAUACGGCAGGCAUAUCAGGCCUAUAAGAACUACGUGAAGGAGCAUGGAGAGGAGCCAUCACUGCCUGGCAUUGGCCUUUCCCACGAUCAACUCUUCUUCUUAAACUUUGCUCAGGUGUGGUGUGGAACGCACCGACCAGAACAAGCUGUUAAUUCCAUUAAAGUAAAUGUACACAGUCCAGGGAAAUUCAGGGUACUGGGCUCCCUUCAGAAUUUCGCCGAAUUUGCCAAAGCUUUCAAAUGCAACAAGAACAGCUACAUGGUCCCGGACAACAUCUGCCGUGUGUGGUGAUCCCUUAACCUCUAGGAUGGGGACUGUUCUGACGUGGGUAGAUCCUGUCCCGCUGCAGUACCUCUCCCCUCUGACGGUGGGACUUGUGGGGGGCUACAGGGAAGUGAAAGUUACCCUUAGCUCUUUACUGGAUGAACCAGGGCUGGUGGACUGACACUGCAGUGCAGUAUGCACUUCCUCUGAGGAAAGCAGUGGACUGUACCUUCACGGACAGACAGAGAACAUGUCUCUCCGACUCUGAUACUGUAGUUCAUUCAAUCAGCCUGAUUAUUCUGCUCCUCACUGGAUACAAUCACUCAUUGUGUUUUUUGUUUGUUUUUUCAGUCUGGAUUUUCAUCUUCUUUUACUCAUUGUUUUGUGUGUGUGUGUGUGUG